AUGUUUUCAGAUCACGAUGAUUUAAGUCAAAUUAAAGAAGCUUUUAAAAUGUUACAUCAGGACGUAUUGCCAGAGGUAGAAGGUAAAAAGACUUCAAAGAAAAUAUUAAAACAACUAAAGUCUCGGUGCGAAAAGAAUGAAAAUUUGACUUUAACUUUUGAUGAGGACGUGGAUGGAUAUGCUACAGAUACAUCAAUUACACCAGAAGAAGAAAAUUCUUCAAACGAAAUGGACGAUCAAGAUAAUGAUAAUAAUGAGAAUUAUCCAUUAAUAUCACCAGAUAUUAAUAUAAGCAGUAAUUCAUCCUCUUUUUCAACAAAUUCUGAACAUAUUGCUAUAUUGUCAUCAAUGACAACCACCACAAACAUUUCUAAUAAUAAAGGAAAAUCAAAAAUGGUUACAAUGGGGGAAGAUCAUGAUAUGACUAAUGAACAAUUAGAUUUCACUGCAAAUAAUUCUGAUGAUUCAGAAGAUAUACAAACAUCCGAUGGAUCAGAUAAUGAAGGUGGUGCUGGUGAGAAUAAUGGUCCUGCAGUGAAUGAAUGGAUUUCUUUGGGUGCUUCUGUGUUGGAUUCAUUGAUGGGAUGGUUAGAAGGUCCACCUUUGGAGGGAAUGAAUGUAGCUGCGGUGGUUUCUUCAUCUUCUUCAAAACAAGUUAAUACCAAUGCUGUUUCUAAUAAUAAAAAUCAGACCAUAUUGGAUAUUCCAAUGCAAUUCAUUGAUUUAUUAACUUACCCGGAAAUUGAUCCAAAGGCUUCUAAAAAAGCUUCCUUUGCAGGUAUUUUAAAUUAA